CGCCCCGCCGUUCCCCGGAUUGACAAUCCGGGGAAUGACGAAGGCGGGGAGAGACUAGGACGAGUCAUAAAGGACCAAAAAUCUUGGGCUUAAAGGAAAGGAGCUCUUGAAGAGUGUGUUACUGCGUUCAGGCAACUACAGUGAACUUUAUUUUCGCCGAUUACCUGUGCAACUUGAUAUUGGUUCAAAAUUGAAGCUCACCUUGUCGCUUGGUUUACCACGAACCAUCUUUUCUCUUAUUCUUGCUUGUGAUCACAGCAACUACGACUUUCAACUUGAUGUCAAUUUUGUAAAAGAGAAGAUUGUGUUGGGAGCUCAAAAUGGACGGAACCGUAAGAAGGAUAAAGGUCCUUUACCUACAACGAUCAAGUCGCUGUUUAAUCAAGAGUUUAGUGUAGUCAUCAGGACGUUUGAGUCAUCAUUUAUCGUAGCAGUUACGGAUGUGAGUGGUGAUGGUGUAGAGACUGAAUAUGCUCACCCUUUUCCUCUGUGUAAAGCAAGAUAUUUGCUUUUGUAUGGCAGUCGAGACAUUCACUCUAUCAAAUUUGGAGGGUUGCCUCUCAUGCCUAUUGGAGAGGGCGAUGAAGAAGUUGUAGCUUCCAUUCUUUACAACAGCUUUGUGAGGCCUGCAGGGAGGUAUGGAAGAUCAAAAGAGCAAAAGAGUAGGGUAGGUGGUAUGAGCUGCUCGGUUAUGACUCCUCAAAAUGGAUUUGCUGCAGUAUCCGGAAACGUUGCCGUGUAUGGAUGUAAGAAGGAUUUCAUGCUGGUUGGGAGCAUGGCCAGACAGUGCAUGGAUAGUGGUCAGUGGACUGGUCACCAACCAACAUGUAGAGUUCGAACGUGCAGUUUGUCAUUGGCUCCUUUACUUAACGGUCAUGUUGAGGUGUAUGGUCGAUAUGCGGCUUAUCACUGUGCUCCUGGAUUCGAUCUGUGGGGAUCUCCAGUGCGGGAAUGUUUAGACAGCGGGCACUGGGCUGACAGAGACGUCUACUGUUAUGUUUUUCCCGAUGUAGUUGAAACAUCGGCUGAUUUUGUGACUUCUUUGUUGGGGAGUCCUGCUGAAUUGAGUUGCACAUCGAUUGGCCUGCCUGUGCCGGAUGUGGUGUGGUUAUUGAAUGGAAAGUUGGUGGUGUCAAACAAGCGAGUGCGCAUACAAGUUAAUGGAAUGAUGAGCACGCUCACAAUCAGUAAGGUCACUCUACAUGAUUGGGGCAAAUAUGAAUGUGUGGCUACCAAUCUAGUGGGAAAGAGUUCAAAGAUGAUUCAUCUUCAAGAUGGUGGAAAGUGCAGAUUGCAUACCGAGGGUUGGGUUGGCAAUGUUACGUGUGCCAAUGGUCGAUGUAUUUACCCAACUCAACAGUGCAAUGGUCGUGAUGAUUGUGGAGAUGGCAGUGAUGAGUUUGGAUGUGUACUAACAAGGCACAGGGAAUUUGGUUGUUCGUCACAUAUGUUUAGCUGUCGUACGUCAUCUCUCUGUAUUCCUGAUGAGUUGAAAUGCGAUGGUCAAAUGGACUGUGGAGCUACUGAUGGAUCAGACGAGUUGAACUGCGGAGACUUUUCCUUUUGGAAGUUAAGUGAGGCACUGAUUAGUGGUUUGGGAGUCAUCAUCUCAGCAUCGUCACGUGGUGACGGUGUUGAAGGCUGGCUGUCUAUCCUAUUUGCUUGCGACGUAGACAACUAUGCAAUCCUACUCAACGUUCGUCUCAGCAACGGUGACGUGUUCGGAUUUGCUAAACGAAACGGCAAGUGGAUACCAAAGCAAUACAUUUUGUCGACAGAUGGUACAUCCAUGGAGACUGUGGACGUGGAACUGUGGGCUGCUGAUCGAGGCUAUGAAGUUGCUGUGAAUGGAAAAAAGGGUACCCUUUUCUCAUUUCAACAACAAUCUUGUGAUCCCGAAUACAUCAUUGUUGGAGGAAAUGUGAGAAUAGAUGGGAUGUCGCUUAGGAAGGGUUCAGGGAGAAUAAGUGAAAUGGGGUUUUCAUUAGCGUUACCGGAUGAUCAAGUGAUAAGAAAGAUGAAAACAGAUCUUGAACAAGUUUUGCUGUCGUCUGUUGGUGAUGUAUCUCUCUCACCAACGUGCAGUGAUCCAGGACCGUUUCAUCAUGGUCACAAAACCAUUCAAGGUUUGCACAUGCUGUUUACUUGUCAUCCCGGCUUCUCGCUGACCGGCUCUGCUUCUCGCCUAUGCCAAGGCAAUGGCGACUGGUCGGGUCGUCUUUCAACGUGUUUCCUUCCUCCGGCGGUAAUGGCAAUAGCAGACAAACGAGCUGCUGAGAGUGAUCACGUCGAAGUAACGUGCACGUUUAUAGGCGACCCGUUUCCCACUGUGACCUGGUUGAAAGACGGACACUCCAUCUUUUUGACGGAACGAGUACACGUGAUGAACAAGGGGCUAGCAAGCAUCCUCAUAAUAGAAACCGUUACGUCUAGUGACUACGGCAGCUAUCAAUGUAAAGUGGACAGUACUGCGGGAACUGCAACACAAGAAUUUCAACUAAGAAAAGUUGGUAGUUGUGGUAUUCUUCCACUUUUUCUGCCAAAUGUCGAGGUUGUGAGAGAGAGUGAGACCAGAGUGGAGUAUGCUUGUGCUGACUUGUAUACUGUGACAUCGGGAAGUGCAGUGAGAGAGUGUGGAUCAGAUAGCCGUUGGAGCGGAGAACAACCAAAUUGUGUUCCUGUGUGUGGAGUUUCCAGUUUAAAAAAACCUCCUAGACGAGCUUCUCGUAAACGGAUACGUCGUAUUGUUGGUGGUGAUGACGCAGAUCCGGGUGAGUGGCCAUGGCAGGUGAUGUUGGAAAGGGCCCAAGGAGACGUUUGGUGCGGAGGAUCUCUGUUGUCAGAACGGACUAUUGUAACAGCAGCUCAUUGCCUCCAGAAGAGCGAAGAGAGUCCGUUUUCUUCAUUGAUUGUGAGAGUUGGAGCUCAUAAACGACAGCCACCGUCUCUUGUGGAACAGAUCGGCGUCAUCGAUGACGUGGUGAUCCAUCCCAACUACAGACCAGACACGUAUGAUAGUGAUAUAGCUUUGAUUCAUCUGAAGGAACCAAUUAGAGUAUCAGCAUAUGCUCGUCCCAUUUGUCUACCACAUAAUAGAACCAAUUCAUUCCAACAACCUGGAACAACUGGAAUUGUGACAGGCUGGGGCAAGCUGGGAGGCUCUGGCAAUAGGUUUUCUAAUGUUUUGCAGGAAGUCUCUGUCCCUAUUGUUAGUACAAGCAUUUGUAAUGAAGCCAGGUCACAUGGAGGAGCUGUGACUGACAACAUGCUUUGUGCUGGUUUGGUUGAAGGUGGACGAGAUGCCUGUGUUGCUGAUUCCGGUGGACCUCUCGUUGUUAGAUCUCAAAUUGAUGGAAAAUACAUACUAACUGGCAUCACCAGCUGGGGUGUAGGUUGUGGAGAACCACAUAAAUAUGGAGUGUAUACGAAGGUCUCAAAUUUUGUUGACUGGAUUAGUAGCUACACGAGGCGCUGAUCUAUUUAUUCACUAUUCUGAUAUGUACAGCUAUAAUAAACACCAGUA